AUUCAACAGCUAAGUAGCUCUGCAUUAAGAAAGUACAUGUGGAUAAUUAUGGGGGCAUGGCUUUUCUAGUUUUAUAAUGGUGAUGCUCUGAAAAAGUAGCAUAGCAGAUUUGAAUACAUCAUUAGUGACACUAUGGGUCAGAUGAAAAAUUGGAAUCAGUAUGUGACAUUUACAUACAUACAUAUCCAUGUACAACUCUUUGUGAACCUUAAUUUAACCAGGGGCAUAUCACUGACAGCAAUGCACUCUCUUUUUCAGGAAUGCCCAGUUCACACUCACAUAUUCAAAUCUGGAAGCUGCCCAGUAUAACCAAAGUCUGAUCUGCUGGCCAUGGAGCAGCUCCACUGGAGCAGUUGGGGAUUAAGUGCCUUGCUCAAGGGCUCCUCAGUGGCUUUCCCUACCCAUAUUUAUUGCUAUAUUAAAUAGCUACAUUAGCAAAUUAGAUUUUAUGGUUGGAUAAUGUUUAUGGUAAUCUCACACCAACAUAUUCUUAUUGUCAGAGGAUGGCUGAAUGUUGUUUCCAAUUUGGUAUAAUUGUCUCUUGUCAAAAGCUAGAAUAUACUGUAGAGUGCAGUUACUUUGAUUUGCAUUAAUGCCCCUGCAUGCUUACUAUAGAAAGCCUGGAAUAAAGCUUUUGUCUGUUUUGCCUUCAUGUUUCUACCAAACGCACCCCCCAACAAAGAAAUCAGCAAAGUAAAUAUAGAAGAACCAGCACUAACAGGAAGUACAAGCACAUUUCACUACGGCAGUGUAAGGUACACUUUCAAGUGACCAAGAUUCAUCCACAUGGCUGUAACAAACACUUUUACAGUUUUUGAGAUUGCAGGCAACAGAGAACCUGAUAACGUUACAGACUACGUUUACGAUAACGCUACAAUCUACUGCGAUGAUGAUGAGAAGAUGGGCCUCCAGACUUUUAAAGCUGUGUUCCAACCUGUGCUUUACAGCUUGAUCUUUCUGCUGGGUGUGGCAGGGAAUGGCCUGAUGAUAACAGUCCUCCUGAGACGUUGGCGCCUCCUGCGCAUCGCUGAGAUCUAUCUGCUGCACCUUGCCCUGGCUGACCUCAUGCUCCUUUUCACAUUUCCUUUCGAUGUAGUUGAAAAUGCCACUCAUUGGCCGUUUGGGGAGAUUCUCUGCAAGCUGACAGGCCUGAUGAAACAACUUAACCUUCUCUGUGGGAGUUUCCUUCUAGCUUGUAUUGGGUUUGAUCGGUAUUUGGCUAUUGUUCAUGCUAUUCCUAGUAUGCAAAGUCGACGUCCAAGAACAGUGCACCUAACUUGUAUUGUAUUAUGGCUGGUCUGUUUGGGUUUAUCAAUACCCAAUGUUGUGUUUCUUACUGUGACAGAUGAUGCCUCCUGUGUAUAUAAUCUUUAUGGUAUUCAUGCAAACAACUGGGUUUUGACCAAGGGAGUCUUUGAUCAUGUGUGCUUUUUCCUACCUCUGGCUGUCAUGAGCUAUUGUUACACAGCAGUGGUAGUUACUUUGUGCAAUAGUCAGAAAAGCCAAGCAAAGCAAGGAGCAAUUCGACUGGCUUUACUCGUCACUCUCGUCUUUUGCUUCUGUUGGCUACCAUAUAAUAUCACCUUACUGAUAAACACGAUGGUAGACCUGGAUGUUAUCUCAUAUGAUAGCUGCAGAUCUUAUGGCCUACUGUAUCAAGCCCUUGAUAUGACGAAGAGCCUGGGUUUCUCACACUGUUGCCUGAACCCUUUCUUGUAUGCCUUUGUUGGGGUGCGGUUUCGCAAUGAGCUAAUACGGUUACUUUGUGAAUUGGGCUGCAGCCGUGUUUGUAUGCCUUUCAUCAGAGCUCAGGGUCACAGUCGACCAUCCAUUUCGGAUGGAGUAACAACCACCAGCACCAGUCUCAUCUAAUAAACUGACAAUGACUGACAAUGUUAGCUGUAACUAAAAUGCUUCUGUUACAGUAUUUCAUUUGUAAUGACGGAAAAUGUUAUACUUUUAUCACAUUCUUACAAUAUAGUACCCAUUGCUACUUUGAUUGCAUUUAAAAGAUGUUUUAUUUACCCAGUCAAGAAAAAAAAAUGUUAUUGUUGAAUCAGUUUUUGCUUGUAUUUUAGCUACUGCUAAUUGAAUUUCAUUUUUUUUUUAAAUAAAAGAUUUCAUAUAUUAUACAGCACCGUGUCCCUUUGUCAGUGUCAUCAAACACAAUAAUUGACAACACAAUAACCAUAACUAAAACCACCUUAGAGAUCAGUAUUAUUCUAUUUUUAGACUUCUAUUAAACACAGUUAUACAGAACAACUGCAAACAAUCACAAAUUGCAUUUUAUAUACAGCAAGUGUAAUUCAUUUUUUAUAUAUAUCUCAUUUGCACAACAGUUUGGUAGUUGGAGAAAAUAAAUCAAUGAUAUUAAAACAAAUAUAAAUUUGAGGCACUCCUCUCCUGACUGCCACUCUGUUCCCACAACAAAUACACACAUCUUUGAAAUAUACAUAUUUUACAGUAUUUUAGAAAAUGGCUUCAGAUUUGUUAUUGAACUGUGAUACAGUGCUUUUAAAUAUUCAAUUUUUUUUUUUAAAUCAGUUGUAAUCCAAAAUGUGAAGAGUAUCACAGAUUUAUUGUUUUUACAGUUCCUCUUUUCAAACAACUGCAAGAAUAACAUUAAUGAAAAAAACUUGGGACACAAUGGGAAGGUAACCUAGUGGAUAUGUUUUUUUUUUUUUUGUUUUUGUUUUUUUACAGUUUAUGUGAGCUGGAUCAGAAUGGCAUAUUGGCCAUACCUCCGGAGCCAUAGCCAAUGGGACUGU